GGCAGGCGGCUGCCAUUCGGCGCUGGGAUGGCGGCGCGACUGGUUGUGCGGAGCGGUCUCAGUCUCCGGCCCCUGGCGGCUGCGGGACGUCCCGCCGCCCGGCUGCUGGUCAGGCCCAUGGCAUUGACAGGUAUUCCAACAGAUGAAGAGCAGUCCACUGGACUUGAACGAAAGACGUUGCAAGCAAUGAAAAAAGGGAUGGACCCCUACAGUAUUCUCAAACCUAAAGAGUAUGCAGGUACUAAGGACGAUCCUCACAUUGUUCCUUCAAUCACUGAGAAGAGGAUUGUUGGUUGCAUUUGUGAAGAGGACAACACUGCAAUUGUUUGGUUCUGGCUGCAUUCAGGAAGCCCCAGCGUUGUCCAUCCUGUGGAUCACACUAUAAACUCGAGCAUCAUGAGCUUCCUCAUUAGCCUUGUAACAAUAGUUAAGUAGCUUGGUCUACUGUUUUUUUGUUGAUGACAUGGAUAAUUUGCACCAUAUAAAAUAAACACUUAAUUAUUUGUGUAAAGUCA